CACACCAAUGCUGAAGAAGAAGAAGACGUAAGCGGAACCAGCUGCAGGCGAUCUUGGAGCAAGUUCAUUGACAACACUGACUGUCAUGGCUUUCCUCUGCAGAAGUGCUGCGGCCCUCCUGAAGACCUCCAGAGCAGCACCCGCUGUGCUGUCUGCUGCCCGCCUCUACAGCUCAGGUGGUAAUUAUGAGCAUAUUCUGGUGGAAAAGCGAGGUGAGAAGAAUAAUGUUGGUUUCAUCCAGUUGAACCGGCCCAAGGCUCUCAACGCUUUAUGUGACGGGCUGAUGAGGGAGGUGGGACAGGCCCUGGAUGUCUUUGAAGCUGAUGGCGAUGUCGGAGCUAUCGUCAUCACCGGCAGCGACAGAGCAUUUGCCGCGGGCGCGGACAUUAAAGAGAUGCAGAAUCGAACCUUCCAGGAGUGUUACGGUGGAAACUUUCUGGCUCACUGGAACAGAGUGUCCACAGUGAAGAAGCCUGUGAUUGCUGCUGUCAAUGGCUUUGCUCUGGGUGGAGGCUGUGAGCUGGCAAUGAUGUGCGACAUCAUCUACGCUGGAGAGAAGGCGCAGUUCGGCCAACCAGAGAUCCUGUUGGGUACCAUUCCUGGGGCGGGCGGCACCCAGCGGCUGACACGUGCGGUGGGUAAAUCUCUAGCAAUGGAAAUGGUACUGACAGGAGACAGAAUCAAUGCACAAGAGGCCAAACAAUCAGGUUUGGUGAGUAAAGUUUAUCCCGUGGAUCAGUUGGUGUCUGAAGCUGUUAAAUGUGGGGAGAAAAUUGCUUCCAACUCCAAACUGGUCUCUGCUAUGGCUAAAGAGGCUGUUAACGCGGCAUAUGAACUAACUUUGGCUGAGGGGAAUCGUUUGGAAAAGCGUUUAUUCCAUGCUACCUUUGCUACGGAUGAUCGUAAGGAAGGCAUGACAGCAUUUGUGGAGAAGAGAAAGGCCAGUUUCCAGGACAAGUAAUAAAGAGCAGUUCAAGAGUUCGGCCAACAUCACAAAGUUCCUGAUAUCACUGGGUUUUUUCCUAAUCUGCAAUAAAUUGAACGAUGCAAAAAUCCUGAGGGCAGUGAAACAUAGAAGCUGUUUGAAUUCGGAUUUGACACUGAGUGAGUGUGCAAGAGUGUCUUAUCACAGUGAAGCCCCCGCCUGCUGAGGCUCAGUAUCAAAAUCAAAUGGCAUCUUAGAUGUCUGGGUGCUGGAGUGCAGGGGGUUUACAUGUGAACUGUAUUAUAGCCAGUAGGAGGAUGAAUCAGUCUUGAUAACUUGUACUGACUUUGCCUUUUCAUUUUUACUGUCAAAUGUUUGUCUGCAUUUUGUAGACAAAUUGUUUCUGUGUACAUUUUACAAAUAAAGUGUGGUUUUCAGUACUGACACUGAGACUUGAACAGAAA